UACGAGGCACGGGUCCCGCCGUGGCAGCGUGGUCGGCUAUCCCCAUAAAAGCGACGGACUCGACCGGCCUGCGAACAGUUGUCAUCGUUGGCUAACAUCGGCGCACAACGUGUUGCUCUCUCUCUCUUCUCGUGCUUAAGCGCAUUUCGAGGGACAGUCGAUCGGUAACCGUCCACUCGGUCGCAGAUACAACGAGGAGACGCGAAAUGUCACGCGAUCGCGUUCGAUCGAUGCAUGCGCACGUAGUCGAUCAGUGAAUAACGAGAGAUAGAAUUUGUCAAAAAAGUUGUUCGAAUCGCGGUUCCUGCGAUCGAGCGAAACCGUGUCUCGAGAACGGGCGAGAAAAACGCGAAACAGAUAAGAAUCGACAGAUAACGCUACGCGAUUAUCAGAGAUCGAUCGUCGCCGAAAUUGACCGUUAUAGAUCGCGAACCGAUACACCGACGAGUUUCGCGCGGUUCGAAGUAGAAGACCGUGAAAUCGAUCUUAGCCUGUGUUCUCGCGCUCGAUCGGCUUUGAUUUCCUCUGACCCGUCACCGGCACGCGCUCGAAAACUAUUAUAAGAGAAGAGGAGACGAACGAAGAACGCCAGACAGAGCGACGCUCACCCGCGGGCAAAAGACGCUGUCCUGUCUCGUAUUUCGUGUGUAUACAACAGCGGUCGCGACAGCUCGUGCGCGCGCGACCGCGAGCGCGCUUGCAUCGAAAGCGAAAAAGCGAUCCGUCGUGGCGCAAGCGCCAAAGCCCAGAGGCUUUUUCGAGCGAGCCAGUCCGGAGACGGGUGCCGAUGAUCGGAUACAUCGGAUUCAGUGGCGGCACGGGCGUAGAGAGCGAGUCGAGCAACAGCUUCCCACCAGUCAGUUGCUCGCGAUCGGCUAGUCAGUCACGGCAGUCACGCGCCGACCGUGUCAGACGCGCACUGGCCUGUUGCUUUGCGUGGAAAGAGGCCGGUGAGGAGCGAAGCGAACGGUGAGAAAGGAUCGCAGUGCCAAACCCGAACGCCGAUCGUAUUAAUUCGCGACCAAGAAGUUGAGAAGUCGGGACCGUGCACGCGCGCAGUUACACGCACAUCGCGGCGCGAGAAAAUCGCCACGCAGGCGCGAUGCGAGGCUUCGAUGUACGUCGAAACUCUGUAUCGUCGAUGAUCGAUCUCGAUACGAGCCGAAGAGCUUGUUGAACUUUAGCGCAUAACCUCGGUCAACGCCGCUGCCUCUCGCGACUAGUUGCGUCGAAUUCGUGGAUACGCGCGGAGUCACGGUUUAACCUUAACCACGCGUCGGCCGUGUCAGACGCACACCGGCGUGUCCCACCGCGAGAAAGAGACGACAUACGUACAGAUCGUUGGCAAAGAGAGCGGGAGGGGGCGUUGCGCGAAAGACGACGGUUGAAACGGAGACAGAGGGAGGAAGACGGAGAAGCGCCAACCACGCCGCGGCUCGCCUCGCACUUUCGUGUCCCCCUCGUCGUCGCUGGUUGUGUACCGCCUUAUAAAACGCGCGCGCAGUAACACGGAACGCGCGACGGACGAGAGGUUAGGGCGAAGUAGGGAGCGGGGUACAGGGCCAAUCCCCGGUACGAACUGUGCACUCGGGAAAAGAGAGAAAGAGGGAGCGAUAAAUAGGCAGAUCGAGAAGCUGGGAGAAGAACGUAGAAGGAAAGAAUAAACGAUCCUGCGUUGUACCUUAGGCCCGUUAAGCCGUCGGAUGCGCUCGUUGAACGUGUCUCGAACGGUGCACGAUACACGUCGCGUUAUCUGCGGUAAAUAUUGCGACCAGCCGCAACGGGCUGUACCGGCCCCGCUGAUCGUUUCUAAUCAUUAUCGUACACAUUUGCAAUCCGCGUACGUAUCGCCGUGCUCGACGUCGUCGUGGACUACGCGGCGACCGUCGCAGCCGCAGCCGUAGCCGCCGUCGUCGUCGUCGUCGUCGGUUGUUCGGACAAUCGUUUCUCUCGUCGCGUACCGGCCCGCCCCUAAGGGGUCAGGGGAAGAAGAAUUUAUGGUGAUGGUGAGACCUUAACAGUGCCCGUACAGUGCAGAAAGUUUUGUGCAGUGAACGGUCGUUAAUAGACCUAGUGCCGCGGCUCCGACGACAGGGAGAGAGAAAAAGAGAUAGAAAUAGAAAAUACAAGCGAGAUAGUAAACAGAAGGUGGAAGAGAGACGAGAGAGAAACCGCGCUAUAUGCGUUAGAGCGGCGCGCGCGACCGGCCAGGGACGAGAAAGCGAAAUAGGAGAUACGAGCGAACGAGAAAGAGAGACGAAACAAGAAAAGACGAAGCGCGAUAGAACGAAGAAAAGCUGCCGAGAUGCGUUACCACGGCGGUCUGCUCUUGUCGAUCCUGCUUAUCGUCGUUUCUCACCCUUCGACAUUGCGUGCGCGCAGGGUCGCGCCCUUGAUCGAAGACGACUGGGCCAGGAGGCCUCAUCGUGCCGCCGAAUGCACGUUCGGCAAGCAGAUACGGGAACUGGGCUCCACCUGGUUCGCGGAUUUGGGCCCGCCCUUCGGAGUCAUGUACUGCAUCAAAUGCGAAUGCAUUCCGGUGCAGAAGAAACGACGAAUCGUGGCGAGGGUCCAUUGUCGUAACAUCAAGAACGAAUGUCCGAAGUUGACGUGCGACGAGCCGGUUCUGCUUUCCGGCCGUUGUUGCAAGUCUUGUCCAGGAGAUUUUAGUACGGACAUAGUGCAGGACCUGCCAGCACAGUUGACCUCGGAGGAAGAGGAACGAAGCUUGAAACAUUUCGGGACCCUGCUAACGGGUAGGACGUCCCAGGCGUUGCGUCGGGAUGAGCCCACUCCUACGUCCAUGUUCAACAGCGCGUACAAUUACCUGGCGACCGGACGUUUCACCUUCCAUCGCAAGAACCUCUACUACUCCUUCUACCUAUCGACCUCCACGCCCCGACCGCGUAACAUACAGUUCGUGGAUGGGUCGGGCAGCAUCCUGGAGGAGCAGACCAUCGACCCGAUCGGCGGAGUCUAUCAGAACGCGACGGGCAAGCUGUGCGGCGUGUGGAGGCGCGUUCCCCGCGACUACAGAAAGCUUCUGCGCGAGGAGCGUCUUCACGUGUCGUUCAUAUGGGAGCCGUCGGCCACCCUGACGGGACAGUUGUCUCGUUACCGCGCCCUGGCCACGGAACAGUUCUCCUCGCUGCUGGAACCGACGAUGGGAGUGGAUCGGUCGCUGAUGUCCGGCGCCGGGGCCACGGCCAUAGUCUCGGCGUCGUCGGCCUCCGCGCCCUCGAUCCACGUGUCUCUGGUGUUCAACGGCGUAUUCUUGCCCAACGACGUGGCGGAAGUGCCGCUGAUCGUUCAGCUGGAACACAUGGAGAAAGACUACGUGGUGCUUCGCGAGGAGAUCGUAGUGAAGAAACCCUCGAACGAGCUGAACUUCGGCGAGGUUAGAAGCGCCCUGUCCGGGGCGGACCUGCGACUACUGACGCGCGGCAAGUUGUCCAUCAGCGUGAUGUCCAGAAAGGAUCCACAAGCGUUACGGUUGGCAGGAGUGGUCGGGCCGCGAGCUACCUGCGACAUCUACCAGACGUUGCUGCAGUCGGAAACACCGUCCGCCGCGUCGGGGCUGGCUUGGGCGUUCUUGGACCGCGCAGGCUCGCUGCGUUACGGCGUCCAGCUGAUCGGAUUGGAGGAGGAGAGUCCCUUGGUCACACUGGUCGACGAUGGAGGCAAACGUAGCACCGAGCUGGAAGACCUGACGCCUUCGUUGGUGGAUGGACUGGCCAACGGGUCGCUGGACCGUCCGGGUCCCCGACUCCUCGAGCCGCUGUUCAACGGUGAGCUGUCCGUGGUCGCUGCUUCUCACGUCGGGUCCCAGCUGCGCGGUCGGCUGUUCCAGAGGCCCGUGGCCGACGCCAGGGACACGGCCGCGCCAGUCCUGCUCAGGAGACCGUCGCAGGAACCGGUGCAACCCGGUCCGGUUGGACUGGUCUGGACGGCAGUGGACCUGGACUGUUCUUUGCACUACGAGCUCGAGAUCGCCGGUUUCCCCCAAACCCCCGCCGCCAACAUCCACGAACCGCGCACCUUCCGUCUCUACCUGGAGACCAUGCCUCUGUUGGCCCAAGGUGCACCAGUUGCCAGGAGGCUGCUGGAAGAGUUCAACGGAUACGUCCUCGAGGGCUCCGUCACCGGACUGUCGCCCGUCGAACUCUACAGAAUCGAAUCUGGCAUCGGGUUCCUGGAGGUGACCGACAAGCAGGCCGACAGGGUACUGAAGGCGCCGUUCAAGACCAGGGCGCCUCUCAGCUGCCUUCCACACUACGCGGACAACGACGUCGCCUCGGUGGUAGCGUACAAUCUUCAUCCCCCACGGUCGGACAUCGAGACGGGCGCCUGCUUCCACGACACCAGGUUCUACGAGGAGGGCACGCAGUGGACGUCCGGCACCGAUCCUUGCUCCAUGUGUCACUGUUAUCGCGGGCUGGCCCAGUGCGAUCCCGUGCCCUGUCCGGCGCUCACCUGCCCCCAGGGCAAGCAGCUCAAGCCCCCUGUUGGACACUGUUGCCCUAUAUGUUCAGGUCCUGGAAUCAACAUGAACGCAACGGGGAAGAACGUCAGCUCGAUAACGAGGGGCUGCACCCUGGCUGGUCAAUUCCACCUGGCUGGAGCGUCCUGGCAUCCCUAUUUGCCACCAGUAGGAUUCGACACUUGUGCGGUCUGCACCUGUGACUUCCCAUUUAUCUUGCAGCCCGUCACGCUGGAGGUGAAGUGCCCGCGGGUGCAGUGUCCGCCAUUGGACUGCGACGAGAAGCUAGCCUUCAGACCGAGCAAGAAGGCCUGCUGCAGACAGUGCCCGACGACGACGCCCAGCACCCUGAACACCGGCGUCGUGGGCGACACGACGCGUCUACCGCGGGACCAGGCCGCCCCCUCCACGCGACGCACCGCUGACGAGAUACUGGCUUCCGGUGGCUGCAAGUAUCCCCUCGGUGGACCAUACGAGAACGGGAUGGAGUGGCAUCCGCGCGUCCACUCGCACGGCGAGAUGAAAUGCGUCAAGUGCAGGUGCAAGAACGGGGACGUGAGGUGCGACAGAAAACGGUGUCCACGGGCGCUUUGUAACUCGAUAGUGCAUCAGAUGAAACGUGGGGAAUACGUGGCGGACGCCGACGACUGUUGCACGGUACAGUGCCGUCGGGCGAGGCGUCAUCAUCGCAACAAUCAUCAUCCGGGACGGCACUCGGUGACACCGCGCGAGCUCAGCUGAGUACAGCCCAACCGGCGAACCUCCUCCGAACUCUCCUGGUUCACGGAAUAACACGCUUCCUGAGCCUUGGUUUUCGUUAGUCGUCGGGUUCGCGAUCACUCGUGUGUUUCGUCGUCGUCCCGACAACGACGCCAGAGCGACGUGCCAAGCGACGGACGUACCGGGGAAUCGACGCAGCUGCGAAAAUUAUAAAAAGCUCGUCGAGCGGACGAAGGGAAUCGGUUCCUCCGGGCCAGGGUACCUCUCGUUUAUGGGGCCAGAGACCAUACGAAAACGCUAGUUGAUUCGGUUGCGUGGGUGUCAGGUUCUGAAUCGUGCAUAGAAGGGCAGAGGCGGAUCUAGACUUAUUCGGGGCCUGAAGGGUAAUCGUUGGAACUCUAUCGACUGGGGAGUCUUGCUUGCAAGAACUGAUAGCAAGAGUAAAACAUAGAACAGGGAAUUAUGUUUAAAAUGUAUAUAAGAAGAGUGGCGGAAAUAGACUCACAGUUUCGAAGUCGAUCCGAAAAAAUUUACACGAGAACAAGAUUCAACGAGGUCGUCUGGUCGCGAGACGCGUAGACCUUGAUCAAAGAGUUGUUCGAUUUGGGCCGUAAAGUCUAAGCAACGAUCACAAAAAUAUUACCAGACCGCGAGUAACAUCCUUUUGAACCGUGUUCGCGUGACAAAAUAAUAAUACAGAAAAUCGAAAAAAUCAUUGUUACGGAAGAAUGCUCGAGAUCGAACGAGUAAAAAUAUCGUUCCCUCGCGAAAAGCUACGCGAGACGUGCCCGCCAAUGGGACGGUUCUUCUUAGAUACGUAAUGCGCAAGAUAGCUGCGCGUGCGAACGUCAUGUGCUUUCGGGCAUUCGUACCGGUCGAACGAUGUUUUCUCGUUCAGUGUUCUUCUACCGUUUUCGAUCGUAUUCAAGAUUCAGUACUUCUCCACGCAUUUCUAGUUUCGUUCACAGUUCGCUGCCAUCGAGCACGGAAAUCCUGCGUUCUGUGGAGCGCGUACAGGCAGCAAGGAAACUCCUCGGUACCCAGGUUAGCGUAAGAAACGACGCGUGUCGCGAACUCCGUGUUUAACCUCUCUCGGUCGCUAUCGAUGCCUAUAGGCGUCUAGUCCCAACUACGUUCGGUAAACGUUUAUGGGGUGUUCGGUGUGUAAAUAUGCUCGAUGCGUGAAUAUGUCUUCCGUGCACCACCGUUCUGCGUCGAAGUUAUUGUCAGCGGUAAAAGUGUUAAAGGGAGGAGCUCGUUAACGGUUAUUCCGAACGUCGUUUGGAUCGCGGACGGAAGAUGGUAAUCAGCGAGUCAGAAAAAUUCGACGCUGGACAAGAUAGGCGCGCACAGGAAGUCGUAAUGAUAAUAAAUAAGAAUAAUGCGAGCCAAAGGAAGAGAAGAUCGUUCGUCGGACGCUAUUCUUAUAUUCCCGUCGCUUGGUCGGUCGUUCGUUCUGGGGUUCGCAGCACCCACAAACCGCGGGGCCAGACGUUCAUUAAUCAAUUGGCUCUCAUCAACGGUUAAACGGACCGGAAGCCAACCACCGCUCUCUAUCUCGAGUGACCUGUCACGGUACGAGACGGCUAUUCGUAGCGAAUGGUAUUUUAAGCACUUCGAAUCGGUUCGAAUAUGAUUCGAAGCCUAGGACUCUCGAAAAUCUCGAAGAUGAAACGUAAAAAAGGGUAGCGAGUAAAAGUGAGAUUCGAACGUGGAAACGAUCAGUAUUGCAGUGUUGAACUUGACACAACAAAAUUGCGACGUGAUCGUUUCAACAAUCAAAUCUCUGUCUCUUUUAUAUUCUCUAUGUUCGACUGCUAUCGAAACUUUUAACGCUAUCGAAUCUAUCAAGACAUUCGAGAGUUCUAACCUUCAAAUUAAAUUCGAAACGAUUCGAAUCUCAGUUUAAAAAACUACGAACCAUUUCGAGGCCGAAAUUCGAACAGCUGUUCGCGGA